AUGGAGAAGUUCAAGGCUGCGAUGCUGUUGGGGAGUGUUGGAGAUGCCCUCGGCUAUGGAAAUGUCUGCAGGGAGAACAGCGUUUUAGGCUCAAUCCAGGAGGAGCUGCAAAAGGCCGGGGGACUGGACAGCCUUGUGCUCUCACCUGGGAAGUGGCCAGUGAGUGACAAUACCAUCAUGCACAUUGCAACUGCUGAGGCCCUCACCACAGACUACUGGUGCCUAGAUGACCUGUACCGAGAGAUGGUGAAGCGCUACGUGGAGACGGUGGAGAAGCUCUCAGAACAUCGGCCAGACCCUUCCACUAUCGAGGGCUGCUCCCAGCUGAAGCCGGAUAACUACCUCCUCGCAUGGCACACGCCCUUCAGUGAAAAGGGUUCAGGAUUCGGAGCGGCCACCAAAGCAAUGUGCAUUGGAAUGCGGUACUGGAAGCCAGAGCGUCUGGAGACCCUCGUCGAAGUCAGCAUCGAGUGCGGUCGGAUGACACACAACCACCCUACAGGUUUCCUUGGGUCCCUGUGCACGGCACUGUUCGCCUCUUAUGCAAUCCAGGGAAAACCACUCGUACAGUGGGGAAGAGAGAUGCUGAAAGCACUUCCCCUGGCAGAGGAGUACUGUAGGAAGACCAUCAGGCACAUGGCGGAGUACCAAGAACACUGGUUUUACUUCGAAGCAAAAUGGCAGUUUUAUUUAGAGGAAAGAAAAAUCAGAGAAGACGCAGAAGACAAAGCCACCUUUCCCGACAACUAUGACGCCGAGGAGAGAGACAAGACCUACAAGAAAUGGAGCUCAGAAGGCCGAGGGGGACGGCGUGGCCACGACGCCCCCAUGAUCGCCUAUGAUGCCCUUCUUGCUGCAGGGAGCAACUGGACUGAGCUGUGCCAGAGGGCCAUGUUUCACGGAGGAGAGAGUGGAGCGACAGGGACGAUCGCCGGCUGCCUGUUCGGGUUGCUGCACGGCCUGGCCACUGUUCCCCGGGGCUUGUACCAGGAACUGGAACACAAAGGCAGACUAGAGGAUAUGGGCACAGCCCUGCACCGCCUGUCCACAGAAGAAAAGUAAAGUGUUUCUCACAUUUCCCCUCCCAGAGGGCAGCCCGUAGCGCCCGUGCUCAGGGUUAGAGCCUCCCCUAGGAGAGGGUAGAUGUGUGCAGUCACCACCCGAGGAGCACACACCUCCCCUCCAAUAACAAACCCUCUUUGCUGUGUAAAAUACAUUGUCCUAAGAGAAGAUUUU